CCGUUAAACAGUUUACGUUGAAUAGAUGUUAAACAGUCUCGUUAAAUUGUGAAGCCUAGUGGUCGUAAUUUUUAUUUUGAAAGUCGUCGAGCGGAAACUUUUAACCAUGUCGUUGUUAACGACAAACUAGCUAAUGCUAUCGACAUCUAAGUAGAAAAUACACCACGCCACAGCGUAAAACUUGUUAUUUUCUUCUCUCUCUCUCUUUGUUUUUUAAAUCACGGCAGAGCCGUAAGAGAAUUUAGUUGUCGUUUACCCCGUUGUGAGGUUUUAAUGACUAAUUAAACCAACAGUGACCAUUAAAUGGUAAAAGGUUACGGACGCAAUAACGUAGCUAACACCAAACGUUACCUGGGUUAGUGAUAAUCAAGCCUCAGCUAAGGAGAGACUUAUCGAAAUGAUUCUCUCUCGGGUCAAGCCAGCCGUGGGAGGAGAGACAUCAACGAGCAUUGGUGAGAAAAACAAAAGAAAUAAAAGCAAGCUCCCCCGAUUGGAGGAAUACCUGCAGCAGAGAGACUACCUGGGAGCCUUGACGUUGUUAGAGUUUCAGAAAAAUAUUGGCGAGAGAGAGGAGGAUGCAGACCUCUCGAUUGGGUACUGCGCCUUUCACUUGGGGGAUUACAAGAAAGCUAUGGAGGAGUACAAGUCGAUGACCAACAAACCUGAGUGUCCUGCUGAGGUCUGGGUCUACUUGGCCUGUGCCCUGUUUUUUCUGGGGCUCUAUAAAGAAGCAGAGGAGGCUGCAUCCAAGGCACCUAUGUCCCCCCUCCAAAACAGGCUGCUUUUUCACUUGGCUCACAAGUUCAAUGAUGAGAAGAGGCUGAUGAGUUUCCACCAGAACCUGGAGGAUGUGACAGAGGACCAGCUGAGCCUGGCAUCCAUCCACUACAUGCGCUCGCACUAUCAGGAGGCCAUAGACAUCUAUAAACGCCUUCUGCUGCAGAACAGAGAUUUUCUGGCUCUGAAAGUGUACGUGGCUCUGUGUUACUACAAGCUGGACUACUAUGAUGUCUCCCAAGAGGUGCUGGCCGUGUACCUGCAGAGUAUCCCCGACUCCACUAUUGCUCUCAACCUCAAGGCUUGCAACCACUACAGACUUUAUAACGGCAAAGCAGCAGAGGUACCGAGCUGCAUGUCCUGGUCGAUACUUUGGUGGUUCUUCAUCUUUAUUGUUGUGAAUGUAACUGUACACUGCAUCAACCUGUCUUUCUUGAAAGAUAAAGUCUCCACCCUCUCUGCAUUUGUGAACAACACCCUGAGAUGCUUCAACUCCUUCGCUUGUGGCAGCAACUGCUCCCCAACCUGGAACGAUGUCGAGGAAGCUUAUAACCUCAUCCAGGAUUUGGUCCCCACCACGCCUCAGGAGUACAUUUUGAAAGGAGUGGUAAACGCUGCUUUAGGACAAAAAAUCGGAUCAAGGGAUCACUUAAAAAUUGCUCAGCAGUUCUUUCAGCUGGUCGGAGGCUCGGCGAGCGAGUGCGAUACUAUUCCUGGCAGACAGUGCAUGGCCUCCUGCUUCUUUCUCUUGAAACAGUUUGAAGACGUUCUCAUUUAUCUCAACUCGGUCAAGGGUUACUUCUACAACGAUGACACAUUCAACUUCAACUAUGCUCAGGCAAAAGCAGCGAUUGGCAACUACAGAGAGGCAGAAGAGGUUUUUCUGCUCAUUCAGAGUGAAAAGAUCAAGAAUGACUACGUUUACCUCAGCUGGCUGGCACGAUGCUACAUAAUGAACCAGAAGGGUCAGCUUGCCUGGGAGCUCUACCUGAAGAUGGGAACCUCCUCAGAUUCCUUCCAUCUGCUCCAGCUCAUUGCCAAUGACUGCUACAAGAUGGGUCAGUUCUACUACGCAGCGAAGGCCUUUGAUGCACUGGAGAAGCUGGACCCAGCCUCCAACUACUGGGAGGGGAAAAGAGGGGCGUGUGUCGGCGUCUUUCAGCUCAUACUGGCAAACAAGGAGCCCAAGGAGACUCUUAAAGAGGUGCUGACCCUCUUGCGAAAUUCAGGAAACCCCCAGGUUGAGUACAUCAUCCGAAUUAUGAGGAAGUGGGCCAAAGACAACAGAGUCCUCCUCUCGUGACAGCCUUGAGCCUUCAGUGCUGAACUGAAGACUCCAAGCCCACGAUAAGAGCUGCCGGGAUGCAGACAGCAGCACUGAUGAUUUAUCCCACAUCAAGAAGGAUUUGUAUUUUUCUACUAUACUCUAGUUCUUUGUGCUGUUCUGUGUACAUGUAUUUAAAUUUAACACAUAAUUUAACUGGAUUAAACUUUUUUAA